AUGACCUCUCCUCUCUACAACCCUCCUCUGAAACCGGGUAUCUCUGGCUAUCCUCGCGCGACGCCUCUCAAACGUCACCGAAAGGCGCAAGAGGCAAAGCAAGUAGGGGCUGGCCUUGCCAAGUCCGACCAUGACCCUUGGAUCAAAAUGUUGACCUCGAGAACAAGAAUGUGCUGCGUCACUCGAGAAUUGCGACCCGUUGCGCAUCUCAUACGUCUCACCCCCACAUACUUUCCAUCAACCGGCGAUAGACCGCACUCAUUACAACUUUUACCUGACGGGGUCGCCGAGCCAAGCACCGCUUCAAAGGGCCCUCAUUUACCGUUCAUCCGCGGAAUAUCAUCCCUCCAACUGCCCCCAAAUCUUGUGGAUAUCAUACAUGCUCAACUUCUCUCCCGGGUGCUUUGGGAACUUCGAUAUACCCUUCGGCGUAUCAGGCACUUGCCCAAAGUGCAUCUUGAAUCUCAAGAGCAGACUCGAAGAGUGCUCGAACGGUGGCCGAAUCCUAAAGGUCAAAUGGACAGUGCAAACGGAGUUGUAGCUUUGCUCGACCUGGCCGGCUUGACACCAGCACCCGUCGACUCAUCUUUUGACCUCAAAGAGAUCCCCUUUCCAGCCUCGCUCCCACAGAAUGUCCCGAGCCCAUUGAUGACACCGUUGUCCGAGCACCAGGACGUCCCCACCUACCAUCUAGCCUCCCUCUUCCCUCCUUCGCUUCACGCUUAUCUACACAAAAGUCUUUGGACUAUAUUCCACGUCGAGAGGCUGAGGGGAGUGCCCAAUACAUCUAGCUCUGAUGCCAAGGGCGAAGAGCAGAGUGAACAUGGGCUGUUGGCCACGAGUACGCUAGAAGCGAGCUCUAAUGGAUCGGCACUAGGGACAGAUGUGGCCAUUGCUCUUUGGAGACUGGUGUGCUUUCACGGACAUGGCUGGGAACAAACAUAG